GUCCUUGUGAUUAAGCGCUACAUUCAUCUAGAGUGCUGUUUGAUUCGCUCGGUAGGAUGUACGGCCCGUCUGGUGUGCCUGAAGGCAUUAUAGAGCUGACAAACAGUGCUCUAUCUAUAAUAAAUGUGGAACCCUAUAUCAAGACAGUCGAAGACAUAACACCGUCUUUUGUUCUCGAUCUUGCAGUUGUUCUGUUCGGCAGUGAUAUUCUACCUUACCCUGACAUCGUGGAGCCUGACCAGGUUGAAAACUUUGACGCUAUUUUGUCAAAAUUGUCACACGAAAUCGGAGAGGACCUUGACCAUAUCAAACCAGAAGAGCUAAUGGUUGGAGAACCCCAAGCGUUGUAUGACUACCUUAUCCUUCUUGCCGCAUUUAUUUCAUACUGUCAUGAGAGAGGCCUACUUAAGUUCCCGAUUUCCAGCUCUGAGUCCCAUUCCUUUGAUUCCAUUGUCCUUUCACCUAACGACCCUAAAUUGAAUUCACAACCAAAAGAAUAUCUUGAAUUCAAAUUGUCUAUUACUCCAGAACUACCUCGUCACAGUGUCACCUACUGUGCUCCUACCACCUUGUCGUCCUCAUCUUUUCAUCAAUCUAAUCGAUGUAUAGAACAAAGUACACCGUUGAAACGUACUCCAGCAUCUUUUCAGGUUAAAAAUUCUUCUUUCUAUCCCGGUGAUAAUAACAACAAUAAUAAUGAUCAUGAUGAUGGUCUUACUUCUUUGUUACACAAAUCUAAUCUAUUCCCAAGAAUACAAUCAGAUAAUAUGCUGAAAACGAAUUAUCAUCAUCCUUCAAUGAUAUCAUCGUGUCAUCCUAGUCGAUUAGAAAUGCACAUCGAUUCAUCUCCACCUGCAACACCAAAGGCAAUGAAUGCUUAUUUAGAAAUUGCUCCUUCAAAUUCGCCUGAUGCAGUUGCUCCUAGUCUAAAGAAUUCUCCAAAUAUUCAACAACACGCUGUUCCUAAUUGUCAGGUGGCGACUGAAUUCGAAGCUAUCAGAGAGUCUACCUCGCCUUUAAUUCAUUCAUCAUCAAAGAAGCAAAUUUUUGGGAGCAAAGAGUCUAUUGGAUCAAUGGAUUCUGUGUCUAUGAAUGCACUUAUGACUUCACCAUACCUUGAGACAUCAUCACCACGUCAACAUGAAAUACGCCUUUCUCCACAAAAACGUACAAAUUACAAUCUUAAUAACAAGAACAGUAAUAGUGCUACUACUACUAAUAAUAAUAAAAAAAAUGGUCCAUUAAGGCAUAAACUGCUACCACCAUCAUCAUCAUCAGUGAGUGAUAAACACGACAGUACAAGUAGUGGACGUGGUUACAGUCUAACAGGUACACAAACUGUCCCGUGUCAAUCAUCGAAUAUUGCGUCAAUCCGAUCAAGUCUACUAGAAUUACACACUUAUCCAGAUUCACCGAAUACAUGUGCAGUGGUUAUUGACUCUCCAAACCAUCAUUCCAGAAAGGAUAACAUAAUGAAUGAAAGCAACAGUACUAGUUGUGGUAGUAGUUGUGAUUCUAUCGGAACAAGUAGUAUACUUGCAUGGGAUGAUGAUCGUGAUGAAGACCAUGAGCGUCGUCGUCCUCGUCAUCAUCACCACCAUCAUCAUCAUCAUUCAAAGAAAAGAAAAGGCGAUAAGCGACACCAGCAACAACGCCAACUUGAUGGAUCAUUGGAUGAGCUAACGUCUAUAUUGUCAGCUAGUUUAUCAAUGGAUGAUGAUGAUGGCGCGAAUGCUGCUGAUGACAAGAUUCCAGCGACAUCUCGAUUGUCGUCUGAUGGUAGGAAUGGUGGUUGGCCACCGACGACAUCUGAGUUAAUAAAAGAAACAAAUGUCUUUGCACAUGCACUUGAAAAACGAUUGGAAUACUUAAAAUCUGUGUAUGUUCGUGCACAUUCUGAAGCUGAAGCAUUAGCUAGUCUUGCUCAAUUGAUUACAUCAAAAAGUUUAACUACUAUUCAUCGAAUGAAUGACAUUAAAGUCGACUGUCAUAUCUGUUGUAAUAGCAACGACAACGAUGAGAACAACAACUACAAUAACAACGCCAAUACAAACACCAACAAUCAAAAGACUACUGAAUUACAUAAAAGUCAGCUAAACAGUAUCUAUGACAGACACUUAAAUUUAGAAUCUUUAUUAGUUCAAGCAAUUGAUCGUAUCGAUAUGCUAUUAAAGUCCACUUCUCCUGCUGCACCUGCUCCCUCUCCUACUCCUAGACCUACUACAUCGAAUGAAACUAAUUUAAAUCCUUCUUCUUUGAAUUGUCAACUGAAAUCUAUAAAUUAUCCUAACCCCAAGUUACUGCCGUUAUCAUCAUCAUCAUCCGCUAGUAAGAAACUGUCAUGGGAUAAUAGAAGCACUGCUUUGAAGAAUGCUGAUUCAUCAUUGUAUGAGUACAAUUCAUGUUCAAAAGAAACAAAACAUCAUCAUCAUCAUUUAUUAUCUGAUAAUUUAGAUUUAACAGAGUUAAUGAAUCUUAAACAUGAAUAUAUGAUGAGAGCCUUCAAUUUAUGCUUAGAUCAAUUGCAUACACGCGUUGAGCCGUAAUUAUCCGCGUCUUCCCUCUCUCUCCGUGUGUGUGUCUCUCGUUGUUAGAACAGACGAAUUGAAAGUCUUCCUUACAAAUUCCUCAUUGUUUCAGUAUUACUAUUUAUUAUUACUGAAUCUUCUAUUUAGUUUGUAUAUGUGCUUUUGCCUGUGUGUGUGUGUGUGUGCGUGUAUUUUUGUCUUUCGUGAAUUUAUGUUCAAUUUGAUUUUGUUUUUAUAUAUGUAUACAUAUAUUUGCGUUUUAUAUGAAAAAAAUACACACACAACAGAGCCAACGAGUACAAUCUUACUUUGUUUUGUACUCACUCUUCCUUCCUUCCUUCCCUCCCUCUCUCUCUCUCUUUUCUAUAUAACCCUUUUUCACUAUGAUGAUGAUAAAGACAUUUGUUGAUUAUGCAUUUUUGCCUAUUGUUCCUUCCCCUCCUACUCCCCGUCGUCGUUGCUGCCACAGCUGCCGUCAUUGUCGCCGACACUCUUUUCUAUAUCAUGUGGGACGCCUUAAGAAAAUAUUUUUCUUCUUCUUAUUAUUAUUAUUACUAUUAGUAUUGUCAACCACUUUUGACAGGAUAAUGUUAUGUAAUGUUGUUCUCAAUGGUGUCAAUAUUAUUUAGAUUUCAAAUAUAUACAUUUAUCACUAAUAUCAUUAUUGUUCCCUUGGGUUCCUAGUGGAACAUAGGAAGGCUUCAACUACACGUCUCCACUUGCCACUUCUGUCUUCCUUCUGCUGUAUUUUUCACCUACAUCCAU